ACCACUGGAUGGAAUAGGAGCAGUAGUUGGUUAUCAUGUAUUAUUCGGCAACAAACAUGAAGAAAAACAAUCUACAAUGUUGAUAGCAAAUGAAACUUUGAGAAUCAAGAAUGGAAACAAUACUACCACUAGUUCAUCAUCAAAUGAAGGAGUUUUGAUGAUGAUAAACAACAACAACAACAACAACAAUGACAACAACAAUAAGAAUUAUAGAGGAGUGAGAAAGAGGCCAUGGGGAAGAUGGUCAGCAGAGAUACGUGACCGUGUUGGCCGGUGCCGGCACUGGCUCGGCACGUUUGACACCGCCGAGGACGCUGCCAAAGCCUAUGACGCCGCUGCCCGGAGACUUAGAGGCUCCAAAGCUCGUACUAACUUCCCUUCUUCUCUCUUUAUCCCUAUUCCAAUCCCAUCUACUCCUAAUUCUACUACUAGUACUAGUACACCUAGUAGGAAGAAAUGCACUAGAGUGAGUUCAUUUUCACAGUUGUGCACUUCUUCUUCAUCAUCAUCAUCUUCUUCUUCUACUUCUACUUCUUUUUGUGUUGAGGGUUUGAAAGGAAGACAAGGAGGGCACUUGGUCAACCAUGCAUGACUUUGUGUUUAUGCAGUGGUAGUAAAAGUAGUAAUUAAGACAAUGAGGGGAAUUG